CCCUGGCCGGGAGCCGGACUCCCGCGCGUUUUCGGCUCGCCGGGCUCCGAGAGGGAUCUCCCCGCGAAGAGGCCGGCGAGGACCAGAGAUUUAUCAGGAUGAAUGCAAAUACGGUGACAAGGACUGUCCAGGUACGGAAACUUCCUGAGUGGAUGUCUGCACCGCGUGAGGGAAGUGAUGCCGAUAAAAGGAAGAGGAGUGUUCUGGAAGGUGGCCUUCCCCUGCUGGAAUUCCCUGGCUCCAUCAUUUAUAGCUUCGAAGCGAGCGAUUGUUCCUUCCUGGCAGAAGAUAUCGGAGUGAGCUUGUCUGAUGGUGCAGUGGUUGGAUUUGACAUUGAAUGGCCUCCAUCCUUCUGGAAGGGCAGGUCAGGCAGGGUCGCCCUCGUUCAGUUAUGUGUAUCUGAGAGCAAAUGCUAUUUAUUUCACGUGGCUUCGAUGUCAGUUUUUCCUCAGGGAUUAAAGAUGUUACUGGAGAAUGAAGCUGUUAAAAAGGCUGGUGUGGGAAUGGCGGACCAGUGGAAACUGCUCCGAGACUUUGACGUCCACCUGAAGGGCUUCGUGGAGCUGGCCACUGUGGCGAAUGAGAAGCUCAGGUGUAAAGAGACGUGGAGUUUGGACGGCCUGGUGAAGCACCUCUUUGGUAAGCGGCUUCUGAAGGAGCAGUCCAUCCGCUGCAGUCUCUGGGACGACUUCCCACUCACUGAGGACCAGAAGCAGUACGCCACCAUUGACGCCUACGCUAGUCUCAUAGUUUACCAAAAAUUGGAAACCUUGAGUGGAGCUGAGCAGACGCUGCUGACAAAAACUGAGGUGGACCAAUGUCCUGAGGAGGUGAAGAAGCAGUUGCUGUCCCUCUCUGAAGAGAUGAUGGAUCUGACCAAGCACCUUUCCCAUCCUUGGAGACCCUGUGGCGAGCCACAGAGAGUUACUGAGUUACUGAAGAGCCUUUCAGAAGACCUGGGGGCAUUGAGGACUGUGCUGCUUGGGGCUCCCACCUCGGAGGGGCCCGUCAUGGACCCCCCAUUAGAUGAUGGCCCUGCAGCUGAGGAGGAGCCAAGUAGAUCUGGAGAUGGUGGACGGCACGCAAACGGUGGCAACUUCAUUGAAUGUGGAGGAGGAGCUCGGAUGGACGAUAGGGCCCACCUGACCCCAGAUGGGUCUGAAGGCGGAAGGGAGGAUCAGAGACCCCAAGAAACCGGGGAAAGGGUUUGCUUGAUGUCACUGGAUGUAACUGAAUAUGAGCUUCAGAUGAUGGAGCAGCAGGCGCGGGAGGAAGCCAGUGAAGCCACGCACGUGUCUGAUCAGGACCUAAUUUCCGUGAUGGAUGCUCAUGAUCUUUCUUAUGUUAUUGAAAGUGAUGAAGAUCUGGAAAUGCAGAUGCUUAAAUCAUUAGAAGACUUGGACUGUGACAAGUCGAAGCAGAAUGUGCCAGAAACAGAAGGCAAGGCCAGGGUUGCUGACGAUGAGGGGGACGAGGAAGCUGUUGAAGAAGAGGACGAUGAAUGGGACCCUUCGCUGCCGACACCUACUGCAGAGCAAAUCAUUUGCCUAAAGACCUACUUUGGACAUUCCAACUUUAAACCGAUGCAGUGGAAAGUGAUCCAUUCUGUUUUAGAAGAAAGAAGAGAUAAUGUGGUAGUUAUGGCUACUGGGUACGGCAAGAGUUUGUGCUUCCAGUUCCCUCCCGUGUUUGUCGGUGGAAUCGGCAUCGUUGUCUCUCCUCUGAUUUCUCUGAUGGAAGACCAGGUGCUUCAGCUCAAAAUGUCCAACGUUAAAGCCUGUUUCCUCGGAUCAGCUCAGUCAGAAGAUGUCAUCAGUCGUGUUAAAGCGGGAGAGUACAGGGUUGUGUACAUCACCCCCGAAUUCUGCCUGGCCAGCUUGGACCUGCUGACACGGCUCAACGCUGACCUGGGGAUCACCUUGAUCGCUGUGGACGAGGCCCACUGUGUGUCGGAGUGGGGGCAUGACUUCAGAAAUUCAUUCCGAAGCUUGGGUGCCUUGAAGAAUGCCUUGCCGACGGUGCCUGUGCUGGCGCUGACGGCGACAGCGAGCUCCUCCAUCCGAGCAGACAUUGUGCACUGCCUCAACCUGCAGAACCCUCAGGUCACCUGCACCAGCUUUGACCGGCCCAACCUCUACCUGGAUGUUGGGCGGAAGACGGGCAAUAUCCUUCAGGAUCUGGACAGGUUUCUUGUGAAGAAGACAGAAUCAUCCCGGGAAUUUGAAGGCCCCACUAUCAUUUAUUGCCCUACUAGAAAGAUCUCUGAACAAGUGACUGCAGAGCUGCGGAAACUGAACUUGGCCUGUGGGACGUACCACGCGGGCAUGGCGAUUAAGUCGAGGCGAGAGAUCCAGCACCGAUUCAUGCAUGAUGAAAUCCAGUGUGUCAUAGCAACAGUCGCCUUUGGCAUGGGGAUUAACAAAGCUGACAUCCGUAAAGUCAUCCACUAUGGUGCUCCCAAGGGAAUGGAGUCUUACUACCAGGAGAUGGGCAGGGCUGGCCGCGACGGCCUGCCCAGUGCUUGCCAUGUGCUCUGGGCCUCUGCGGACAUCACCAUCAACAGGCGCCUCGUUAGUGACAUCCAGAAUGCUGACUUUCGGCGGUACAAACUGAAGAUGAUGAGAAAAUUAGAGAAGUAUCUUCAGUCCAGCAAAUGCCGGCGGAAAAUCAUCUUGUCUCAUUUUGAAGACAGACAGCUCCGAAAGGCCUCCUUGGGCAUCAUGGGAACAGAGCAGUGCUGUGACAACUGUCAGGCCAGAAUGAAGGACCCUCAGUCCAGCGUUGACUCCGAGGAGCACCUGCAGGACCUGGGACCACAGGCUUACAAGCUGCUGUCUGCCGUGCGUGACUUAGGAGAGAAGUUUGGAAUUGGGGUCCCCGUUUUAUUUCUUCGAGGCUCGAAUUCUCAACGUCUUCCUGAUAAAUUCCGCCAGCAUUGUCUCUUUGGUGGUGGCAAGGACCAUUUGGAGAGCUGGUGGAAGGCUUUGGCUCGACAGCUCAUUUUAGAGGGUUUUUUGGAAGAAAAGGCGGGGUGCAAGAAGUUUGCCAAAUUGUGCGUCCUUACGAAGGAGGGUAGAGCCUGGCUGGAUAAAGCCGUUGAUGAAUCAGCCCGAACACUCCUCCUUCAUGCCAGUGAAGACCUAUGUCCGAGGAAAUUACUAAAACUAAGUGUCUGGCCAGCGUCACCAGCGGAGCCUCUUCCUGGGUCCCUUGACUCCCAAGCAUCGGUGUCAUCCAAAGAGGAGGAGUGUCAGACUACGCUGUAUUGGCAGCUGGUGGAAGCAAGACAGAAGCAGGCCAGUGAAAAGGACAUCCCUCCAGCUUUGCUGGCCACCAACAAGGUGCUGGUGGACAUGGCCAAGAUGAGGCCAAGUACCUUGGAAAGUCUGAGAAACAUUGAAGGCGUUUCCGAGGCCAAGUGCGUGCUGCUCGCCCCUCUCCUGGAGGUCAUUCGAGCCUUCAGCCAGACAAACAAGCUUCCGACAGACUUGUCGUCCAGCCCUUCACCCGGCUCGGAGGAGAGCAGCCUGGCAAAGAAACAGGAGCACAUACCGCUUGCGAAGUCGGUCUCCAUCACUUACUCUUUGUUCCAGGAAAAGAACCUGUCUUUGGAGAGCAUUGCCAAGAGCAGGACGAUGCCUCUCCCCGUGGUCGGCAGUCACUUAUCCCAGGCGGUGAAGGUGGGCUACCCUCUGGACCUUGAGCGUGCGGGCCUGACCCCGCAUGUCCGCAAGAUAAUCACCGACGUGAUCCGGAAACCUCCCAUCAACUCAGAUAUUUCCAAGAUGAAGGACAUCAGGACGCUGGUUCCUUCCAAAGUUGAAACCUACCUCAUCCAGAUAGCAGUGGCGCUGAUGGAGAAGGAGAGGACUCUGGAAGCCCCGCUCCCUGACCCAGCGCCAAAGGAGUCCAGCGUGGGGAGCGUUGUGCCCAGCACUUCGGAGCCCUGCUCAGGGGCCAGCAAGCCUGGGCAGGAGGCCUCCAAGAGGAAGUUCCCAGACUGGUUCUCUCCGGCCCAGAGGAGUGGGCCUCCAGCAGGCACGUCCAAGAAAGCCAAGGCCGGAGCCAGGAAGGGGCUCUUCACUUGAGAUGGGCUGAUCUCGGGAACUGUUGGCGCCUGUCUCACUUGGACUUUUGUUACUGUUCCGUGAAGAGGUUUUUAGGGGGUUUCCCAAGACCUUUCUUUACGUGAUGGCCUCCGACCCACUGAGACAUGAAGGGUGGCUCUUGUUUUCCUCCGAAGCGGGGCCAGGCCCCUGCCGGCCACAAAGCCUGCCCCGCUGGCCUGUUGCCCCGGAGUCUGUAAACCGCUUCUGGCCGCAGGGGCGGGAUGUGGGCACUGUCUUUGGCACCUGCGGGUGGAACUGCGGUGACCAAGAGGCCUCCUUGGCCCGCCGUUGUGAUUUCCUCAUUUUCUGUGAGGCUGCCCUCCUUGGUGCUGCUGCCUUCAGCGCCAGCCUCUAGGUGUGGGGCACCCACCGUCCAGGCACUGCUCCUUGUGGUCACUCUGUCUCUUCCGUAGUGGGGCGCUUUGUACUUGGCCCGUCUGGUAGUUUUUCAUAAAAUAAAUGUCUGCUUGUUCCAAACGUUCCAUUGUUUUCUACCCCGCUGGGGUGGGGUUUGUGGGGUGGCGGAUCUGUGUGGCUUCUGUCCCGACCUCCCAGAUCCUCCCUGCGGCCUCCUGGCCCGGUCCACCUCGACCACACAACCCCCUCAUCGAUCCACUGGGUCACAGUCCUCUGAAGUGGAGAAGUUUGAGGUAGUUGAUCUGCAUUCACCCACUUUUCUGAGCCUCAGUUUCCCUGUCUAUAGAAUAGGGAUGAUAGCAGUGCUGUUAAUGAUUCCUGCUGACCUGAAGCUGCCAGACUGCAGCCUGAGGAGGGAAACUUCAUUAACUCUGUUGUGAUAAUGAAUUGGUUCUCUCUAGAAAGGCUACAGAGUCUUUUUUUUGUUUUGUUUCGUUUUUUUUACCAUUUACAAACACUUCCCUCACAAUAGCCUGAGGGGGAGGGAGGAGGGAGAGGAUUCAGUGAGAUAGUGCUGUGAACUUUCUGGUCUGAUCUGGCUUGCAGGCUGGAUUCUCUUGUUACUGUUAUCUCCAUUUUACCAUGCGUUACUGGAGCCUGAGGGGCUCUGUCCUGCCCUUUCUCCCUUGGCUUCCUCUGUUAGGGCCUGACCCCACAGGCAUCCAUCCUCUCCUCAAGGCUUCCUCCAGAGUUUUCUCUCCUUAGUUAAUUCCUCUUUUCUUGAGAAAUCAAUUCUGUCUUAAAACACAAGGUUUCCUCAGUUUCCUCAUCUGCAAAAUGAGGCCUUUGGAUGAGACGGUCUCUAAAGGUCGUUCCCCAUGUAAAUUCCUGUGAUUCGAUGUGGUUGCCAUCUAGGGAUCCCUGAAGCGGCAUCCUGAUGUGGGGAAAGCUGUUUGUGCUGGCACUAAAGCAAACCUGCUGUAGUGUGGGAAACCAGAUGAUGGAACUUGUUAGAAACUUUGGCAAGGAAAAAAAAA